CCGUGCGCAACAACAACAACACUAUUGUGCAGCAGAGAGGCUGGAAUCACACUUACAACCAGCGGACUGCUGCUCCACACAGAGUGAGUUUAAUGCCAACUUUGAAGAUAUAUCCAAAAAAACAAGAAAUACGCAUCUGGUGAUACUUUGCUGCGUUGGGAUCUUUGAAGAAGUGCAGUCUGUGGAAGCCCGCCGCUCUUCCUGAGAGAGCGGAACAGAGUGGGACGGACUUGGAUGUCAGUCAGGAGCUCCCGAUGCGGCAGUAGAGACCCUAAGAAAUUUCACCAGCAAAUAACGCAACAUGGGGAAGAAAAUAUGUGGCACCAAUUACCCGCUCAGCAUCUGCUUCAUAGUGGUCAACGAGUUCUGUGAACGCUUCUCCUACUAUGGCAUGAAAGCGCUGCUUACCCUUUAUUUCGUCAACUACCUGCACUGGGACAAAGACCUCUCCACCGCUAUCUAUCAUGCCUUCGGCGGCCUCUGCUACUUCACGCCCAUCCUGGGAGCUCUCAUCGCUGAUUCCUGGCUCGGAAAAUUCAAGACCAUCAUCUACCUGUCCAUUGUUUAUGUGAUCGGCCAUGUGGUGAAGUCGGUGGGAGCCAUUCCCACCGUGGGCAGCCGGGACGUGCACAUUGCUCUGUCCAUGUUGGGCCUGAUCCUCAUUGCUUUCGGCACCGGAGGAAUCAAACCCUGCGUGGCAGCAUUUGGAGGAGACCAGUUUGACGAGGAGCACGUCAAAGAGAGACAGAAAUUCUUCUCCAUUUUCUACAUGUCAAUCAAUGCUGGAAGCUUCUUGUCGACUAUAAUUACACCCAUACUGAGAAGUGAUGUGCAGUGUUUCGGUGGUGACUGCUACGCUCUGGCCUUCGGGGUUCCUGCAGCUUUGAUGGUUGUGGCUUUAAUUGUGUUCAUUGCUGGCAGCGGUAUGUACAAGCGGAAUCCUCCCCAAGGAAACAUCCUGUUGGAAGUCUGCAAUUGCAUUGGAUUUGCCAUCAAAAACCGUGUGUACAGAUCAAAAUAUGAGCCUAAGAGGAAACAUUGGUUGGACUGGGCUGAAGAGAAGUACUCGAAGCGUCUCAUCCAAGAGAUUAAGAUGGUUCUUCGAGUUCUGGUGCUCUACAUCCCCCUGCCAAUGUUCUGGGCUCUGUUUGAUCAGCAGGGUUCCCGCUGGACGCUUCAAGCCACGAGGAUGAACCUGGCUUUUGGAGAGGCCUUCACUAUCAAGCCUGACCAGAUGCAGAUGCUCAAUGCUAUGCUGAUUCUUGUCUUUGUGCCCAUCUUUGACCUCAUCAUAUAUCCGCUCGUUGCUUUUUGCAGAAUCAAGAUUACGCCUCUGAGGAAAAUGGCCGCAGGAAUGAUUUUUGCAGCGCUGGCCUUCGGAUCAGCCACACUGGUGGAGAUCAACGUUGUGAAAACGGUGGUGGAGCCUGCACCUGCACAGAACAGUCUCCUGCAGGUUGUCAACUUGGCAGGAGGGGAUGCCAGUGUGAAUGUCCUCAGCAAGAACCUGUUUCCAGAACCGAUACCAUACCUUCAGGACUCUCCUACAUACGAGACGCUUCCACUGGGGGGCCCCGUCAAGUACACUGAGAUUUCAGUCACCUACAUGGGAACAAGCUCAGAGUGCAACCAGAGGUUUGAAGAAGAGGAAUCCUACAGUCUCAUCUUAUACCCCGGACCUACUGGAACUCAGUGCAAACUUGUAGAAGACUUCAUAAUAAAAAACGAAGACGGGAAUCCUUUAGUGAGGUUCCUCAACACACUGCCGGAGGACUUAAACGUGACAGUUGGAAAUGUGGUUUUCAACGUGUCCUCCGACUACGAUGUGUCUCCUAACCAGACUGUGCCUUAUGGAGAAUAUAAAGACGCCACCUGCUGCUUAAAGUCAGGCGAGUGCUCUAAACUUGACCUGGGCCUGCUGGACUUCGGAGCUAUCUACACCAUCAUACUCAUGGAGGAAUCAGGUAAAAUCGUGCCUCACAAGAUGGAGGAUGUGAAAGCCAACAACGUGCACGUCGCCCUUCAGAUCCCCCAGUAUGCCCUCAUGACUGCUGGAGAGGUCAUGUUCUCCAUCACAGGCCUGGAGUUCUCCUACUCACAGGCUCCAGCCAACAUGAAGUCAGUCCUGCAGGCCGGCUGGCUGCUCACCGUCGCUUUUGGGAACGUGAUAGUGCUGAUUGUGGCAGAAGGAGCAGGACUGGAACAGUGGAAAGAGUUUGUGCUGUUUGCCGGCCUGCUGCUGGGCGUCUGCGUCAUCUUCUCCAUCAUGACCUGCUUCUACACCUACAUCGACCCCGACCAGCUGGACAAGCUUUACCUGGAAGAUUCAGGGAAGGAGGUAGACGACGACGACAAGAUGAAGAAGCCGAAUAAUGACGUACCAAUGAACAAAACAGGGAAGGGCACCAGACUGUAAUUUCUGCCACAGGACAUGAUGCCGUCGUCUUUUUUUUGGCUGUUUUUUAAGGUAUUAUUUCUGUGAAAAUGAAGCACUAAGGUAUGAUCGUUGGACAUUUCCUGUAGUUUUCUAAGUCCAGUGUUUGUGACAUUGUUUAAAGGUGGAGUCUGCGAUUCUGGAGAAAGAUGGUUGAUUUUCAGCUCGUUAUUGUGCAGAUAGAGAGCCUGCCAGUAGUCUGACAUGGGCAGACCAUUAAACUACUCAAAAUAAUAGAAACUAUCAGUUAUUUAUUAACUAAGGAGAUCGAUAACCAAUAUUUGAAACAGAUAUACAGUUGUAGUAACAAUUAAAGUCUUAAAAUUUAACAUAACACAAACUCCAACAUAACACUAUCUUUACUGAAUUCGUUUGCCAUUAUUGUGCUCCAUUAUGUUUUCCAUAUGUUUAAUUAACAUAAAACGUUUACCUUUAUUUGAUCUAACAAUUGGCCAAACCAACAAUCACUUGACCCCUAAAUCACUAAACUGUCUUUGGCAGAGCUCAGCCCAGGGUGUAAUGAUAGUAACUCUGCAAAAUACUGAAGGGAGAACUUGUUUUGGUGGAACAUUUGCACGUGGUGAGGAGGGCAUUGUCAUUAAUAGCUAUCUCUGAUCCAAAUCUUAGUUAAAACUUGGUAUUUUUAGCGUGGAGGUUGCUGCUCGGAGGUUGUUGUUUCCUGCAAACUGAGGGGAUUUUGAGAAUAGUAGCUAUGGACUUGCUUUCCUAUCUUCAGUCAAGACUGUUUUUCGGUUUGUGAGCAUAUUUUUUUUCAUUUUACAAUCAGGCUUUGUAAUGCGUUCCUGCAAAACUUUGUCUUCCCUCCCAAGUUUGAGGUUAACACACCUGCAUGGAGGAUAUUUUCUCUGGUCAGCGUCAUACCUGGCAUUCUUACUGUUGGGGACUUUUGACAGGGUUGUUUCACACACAUUCGAGUGUAACAGCACAAACUUGAGAGCAGAAGUUUUGCAGAUGCAGUCUGAAUGCAAAGGUGAGCUCAAACUAAAACAGCACAGAGCAUCUGUUCAGAAACAGGUAGCAGGAGCACAGGAGAUUUGAUCUGAGAAGAGGCGUUGUAAGAAAGUGCGCAGGCUUUGAUAUGAAAUCUGAACGUAAAAUGAAGAUAAAAUGCUGUCAGAUUAAAGGCCUGUGCCCCCUCCACCCUGUGCACAACAAGCAUGAAUGUGCUCCCAACACACUGGCGUAGUGUUUUGUGGAGCCACACAAGCCACUUUGUUUCCCAUGUACAGAGCCAGGGCUGUAUACGAACACCAGAUUUUUUUUUUUUUUUAUUCAGCUCACACAAAGAACAGACAGCCGGCAGACAAUGAGGAGAUAUUCACUGAAUCUGGCGACUAAAUGUAUUGGAUUAGAAUCGCUGACUCUACCUUUAAUAUAUUCUGUGAAGCCUGUUUAACACUCCAGUCAUUUCAAAGUUUUAACUGUACCAGAAGGAGAGGAAUGAAUUUUUCUGAAUGACACUCAGCACAUGAAAUAGUGUUUAAGAGAGACAAAAUAAUUUCUCAUGCCAUGAUCAAUAGUGUUAUUUUAGUAUAUUAAAGAUUGUAUUCUGUAUAUAUUUGUUGCAUAUUAACUCGAUGUUAGAGUGUUGUAUUUUUGAUGCUGCUUACAUGUUAAUCAUAACCUACAUCAUCCUUGACAGAACACGUGGGAGCAAUGAUUCAGUUUACACUGUGCGCCUAUAACAAUGACAUAAAAGCACAAUAGCUGGGUUUGAUUUUUUACAAAACAAAGCUUGUCGUUGCCAAAUAUCUGAUUUCUUGAACACAUUACCAAGGAAAACAGUGCCUGUGUGCAUCUUUACUAUCAUACAGUAUAACAUGAAGACCAGGGAAGGUUUACUGUGAGGGGCUGACUUUGUUUGGGAAGUCUAAACCUCUAUAGAGAUAACCAGCUUUGUUCUGUAUACUUGAUUUUUGCCUUUUUCAUAGAAGAUAUUUUGAAAUAUCACGGUGAGAAAAUGGCACAAGCUGAAUUCCAGAAAUCUGUAUCACAUUGAGUUUACUGCACCACGUGAACAGACUACAGUCAUUGUUCAUGUUAAUAGUAACUUGGGCUUUUCCUACUCUGACAAGUCGACGUGUCUGCUGUGAAAAAGGCCCGUUGUAUAUGUGAUUUGUUGUUUUUGUGCUCAAACAUGCAAAACCGUGCAUAUAUUUUAUGGUUUAUAUUCAGGGAAAAGUGUAAAUGAUGCUCCUCCCUGUGAAGUUCUGUAAAUAAACUGUUGACUGUGAGGC